AUGGCGGGUAAUAAGAAAACUAUUCAAUUCCUCUUUCCCUUCUACCAUUUCUUCAACAAAACCCCAAACCAUUAUUUCCAUUUCUUCCAUCAUCUACCCCCUCCUUCGCCGGAGUACCCCCAUCCAACCGCUACGCUCUUCAUUUCCGCCCACACCUUCCCAGUUUCCCCUAUCGCCGGACCGUUCCAGAUCUGCAGCCGAUCAUCUUCUCCAACCCUCCCACCUGGUCUGCGCAGGUCUAAUUCCAUUUCCGACCGGUUAACUAGUCCGCUCCGUUCGUCAGUCACCGGGCCCACAGAAGAGUCCCACCGACAUCUGCGCCGGUCUAUUCCAAACCAUCACUAUCCCGGUACCAUGGGCACCAAAAGACAGCGCCCCACUAAUAAGGUCAGUACUUUUCGAGCUCCUGCCCCUGCUACUGCUAAUGCGCCUGCACCUCCUCCUGAUUUGGUUGACAUAGUAGCGCGUUUGGACCGCAUCGAGGCGCGUCAGCAGCGUAUUGAGGCGAGCCAGCAACGUAUUGAAGCAAGCCAAGAGCGUAUCGAGACUGCUAUCCACCAGCGCUUUGAUGAGCUCUUCUGCAUCAUGGAAGCUCAAAACCCCCAACCAUCUACUCCAUGA